AAGAUUUCACAAUUACCAUUAUUAUCAUAAGAUAAGAUUUCUCCUUUUAUAGUUACAUAUAUUAGAGACUUCACAGACCACAGUUACUUAUUUGUUCAUAGUUUGCAUUCCUAAACUAUUUUUUCUCAUCCAAUUAUUUAUCCAAUUCUGAUGGCUAUGCAAUCACCUUGCUCUUCCUCUUCCAUUUCCUAUGGAUUCAAAUACCAGGUAUUCCUCAGUUUCAGAGGAAGUGACACUCGGUAUGGUUUUACCGGUAAUCUCUACAAGGCUCUUACUGACAAGGGAAUUCACACCUUCAUGGAUGAUCGUGAACUUCAAAGAGGGGAUGAAAUCAAAAGAUCACUCGACAAUGCCAUUGAAGAGUCUAGAAUUUUCAUUCCUGUGUUUUCUGCCAACUAUGCCUCUUCGUCAUUUUGUUUGGAUGAACUUGUCCAAAUCAUUAACUGCAAGGAAAAGGGUCGCGUCGUUUUGCCUGUUUUCUAUGGCAUGGAUCCUACUAAUGUGCGACAUCAUAGAGGUAUUUAUGGUGAAGCAUUGGCUAAGCAUGAAAAAAGGUUUCAAAAUGAUAUGGAUAACAUGGAGAGGUUGCAGAGAUGGAAAGUUGCUCUGAACCAAGCUGCUAACUUGUCAGGCUACCAUUUUAGUCCUGGAUAUGAAUAUGAGUUUAUUGGGAAGAUAGUCAGAGACAUCUUGGACAAGACCGAACGUGUUUUGCACGUAGCCAAAUACCCUGUUGGAUUAAAGUCCCGAGUAGAACAAGUGAAAUUGCUUCUUGAUAUGGAAUCUGAUGAAGGGGUACACAUGGUAGGACUUUAUGGUACUGGAGGCAUGGGGAAAUCAACACUUGCAAAAGCAAUUUAUAAUUUUGUUGCCGAUCAAUUUGAAGGUGUAUGUUUUCUUCAUAAAGUUAGAGAGAAUUCAACUCAUAAUAGCUUGAAACAUCUCCAGAAGGAGCUUCUUUUAAAAACAGUUAAAUUGAACAUUAAGUUAGGAGAUGCUAGUGAGGGAAUUCCACUUAUAAAGGAAAGACUAAAUAGAAUGAAGAUUCUUUUGAUUCUCGAUGAUGUUGACAAACUGGAACAGCUAGAGGCAUUAGCUGGAGGACUUGAUUGGUUUGGUCAUGGAAGUAGAGUCAUCAUUACCACUCGAGAUAAACACUUACUAACAUGCCAUGGGAUAGAAAGAACAUAUGCGGUAAACGGGCUACAUGAGACAGAAGCUUUUGAAUUGUUGAGGUGGAUGGCUUUUAAAAAUGGUGAAGUUCCUUCGAGUUAUAACGAUGUUUUAAACCGUGCAGUUGCAUAUGCUUCCGGCCUUCCGUUAGUUCUCGAAAUAGUGGGUUCUAACUUGUUUGGAAAGAGCAUGGAAGAAUGGCAAUGCACAUUAGAUGGGUAUGAAAAGAUUCCCAAUAAAGAGAUCCAAAGGAUACUUAAAGUAAGCUAUGAUGCUUUGGAAGAAGAGCAGCAAAGUGUCUUUCUAGAUAUUGCUUGUUGUUUCAAAGGGGGUAGCUGGAUAGAAUUCGAAGAUAUACUUAAAUAUCAUUAUGGCCGAUGCAUAAAACAUCAUGUUGGAGUGUUGGCUGAAAAAUCUCUCAUAUACCAAUAUGGUCUUAGUGUGAGAUUACAUGACUUGAUAGAGGACAUGGGCAAAGAAAUCGUCCGACAAGAAUCUCCUAAAGAGCCGGGUGAACGAAGUAGGUUAUGGUGUCAUGAUGAUAUAAUCCACGUUUUAGAAGAAAACACUGGAACUAGUAAAAUUGAAAUGGUAUAUCUGCAUUGUCCUUCAACGGAACCCGUAAUAGACUGGAAUGGAAAGGCCUUCAAGAAGAUGAAAAAACUCAAAACACUUGUCAUUGAAAAUGGCCAUUUUUCUAAAGGUCCCAAAUACCUUUCAAGUUGUUUGAGAGUAUUAAAAUGGAAAGGAUAUCCUUCCAAGUCUCUAUCAUCUUGUUUUUUGAACAAGAAGUUCGAGAAUAUGAAAGUCUUGAUAUUGGACUAUUGUGAAUAUUUAACCUGUAUACCCAAUGUCUCCGAUCUUCCAAAUUUAGAAAAGUUGUUGUUUAUAAAUUGUCAUAAUUUAAUUACAAUUCACAACUCGAUUGGGUACCUAAAUAAACUUGAAACCCUAAUUGCAAAGUAUUGCAGCAAGCUCGAGAGUUUUCCACCCUUACAAUUGGCAUCUCUUAAGAUAUUGGAACUCUAUGAGUGUUUCAGACUCAAGAGUUUUCCAGAAUUAUUAUGCAAGAUGAUAAAUAUAAAAGAGAUCCGGUUGUCUGAAACUUCCAUAAGAGAAUUGUCAUUUUCAUUUCAAAAUCUCAGUGAACUUCGUGACCUAAUAAUAUGCCAAGAUGAAAUGCUCAGGUUUUCAACUCAGAUGGAAUUGUCAAAAUUGACAAAGAUUACUGCUUCAUAUUGCCGUUUAUUAUUGCCUAAUCAUAAUGAUACGUUCAGUUCCACAAUGUUUUCAAAUGUGGAACAUCUAAAUCUCAAAUAUAACAACUUCUCAGAUGAAUGUCUCCCACUACUUCUCAAGUGGUGUGUUAAUGUGAGAUAUCUAGACAUAUGGGGAAGCAAUUUAAAAGUUCUUCCCGAAUGCCUUAACGAAUGUCACCUUCUUAGGGCCAUCAAUUUGAGUCGUUGUGACUAUCUUGAGGAAAUUAGAGGGAUUCCACCAAAUAUAGAAAGGCUUUCUGCAAGGCAAUGCGAAUCAUUGAAUCCAUCAAGUAGAAGAAUGUUAUUUAGACAGAAACUACAUGAGGCUGGAUGCACCUAUAUUCUUCUCCCAAACGGAACAGAGGGGAUUCCAGACUGGUUCCAACACCAAAUCACGGGACAAACAAUUUCUUUCUGGUUUCGUAAAAAGAUCCCUUUUAUACGUUCUAUUGUUCUUCUUGGAUUUUGUAAUGAUGUGAUUAACGUAAGAGUCAAUUUGUUUGUCAAUGGCUGUGAAUAUUGUUUGAUGCGUUGUUGCCCUUUCCGCUUUGAACCGAAUCAUACAUGUCUAUUUGAUUUGAGAUUGGAAGAAAAUAUUAGACUAUAUAGCCAAGAUUAUCCCGGGAAACUCGUUUGUGAACUGGAGGAAGUACUGUUAGAAAAUGAAUGGAUUUAUGUGGAGCUUAAGUUGUUAGGGAGGUCAUUGAAUCCAAGCGAGGAUGAGAUUAGAACAUUAAGUCGUGCACAAAUGGGAAUCCACGUGUUGAAGGAGAAAAACAGCAUAGAGGAGGAUGUGAUAUUCACCAAUCCUUAUAUGAAAAAGAGAAAGCUAGAUGAAUAUUUGAGGACGUGAGACUUUUCGUGGGUGCAAGAAGAGAAAAGAAAAGGAUAAUCAUAAAGUUAACUGUCUUGUUGUUGUUCUCUCAAUAAGAGGAAGCUUACUCCACAAUCUCAAGAUUGCAUGUUUGUGAUUCUGUAAGUGAAUGAUGUUUGUGCAGUUCAAAAUAUUGUCUGAAUUUACUGUGAUGGAUGUUUAAUUUGCAGCAUGAUCGAAGUUGUGUUUGGUGUUCGACAUGUGUCCAUGUCCGUUACCUACAAUUGUGAUCAUAAUCAAAUAUUUUAUAUUCUCAAAUUACUACCGCUGUCAACAAAUCAAUGCCAUUGUUGAGUCCGGUGUACGUGUCUGUGUUAGUUCUUCAUAGGGAUGAUGUUUCUUCGUGCUUUUUUGAUGGAAAUUUAAGAAAUUAUAAAUGAAAACAUUUUUACACAUAAA